GUCUCUGACGUGCCAGCAUACCACCAUCUUGGGAUCUGGAGCCGGUGUUCCAGGUUCGGGGGACUCUGUCGGUACCGGCACGGGUCUGCGCCGCGCAGCGAGGACGCGGGGUGUCUGGACUCCGCCACGAUGUAGACUUGAGUUUUCCCGGGAAAUCCUCAUGACACACUUCUUCCAGAAGGUCCAAGGGAAGAACUCUAUUCCCUGGAAGCUGGAAAUGGACACUGCAUGACCAAACCAGAGUGCAUCUUUGAGUGGGAGCUUCGAUCAAGCCAUGGACCACAAUAGAAGCCUCAGUUCACUGCGUGACCGGAUCAUCUUGAUCAAGAGGCACUAAUGCCAUGUCUGGUCCCAGUGACAUGCUGCUGCCUUGAGGACCAUAUUGAGGACACUGGGUAUCCUGGAACCUGGAAAUGGUGUUGGUGUCAUUUGAGGACGUAGCCGUGGACUUCACCUGGGAAGAGUGGCAGGACCUGGAUGCUGCUCAGAGGACUCUGUACAGGGACGUGAUGCUGGAAAAUUAUAGCAACCUGGUGUCCUUGGGGCACUGCAUGGCCAAACCUGAGUUGAUCUUCAACUUAGAACAGGGACUUGGGCCACGGAGCAAAGCAAGAACCUCAGUCUGGAACCCCUCAGGUGUCAACAAAGUGAGUAGUCUGGUUGAUGGCAUCCAGGAAAAUGAUAGCAGAAAUUUCUGGCAAAUUGAAAUCAACAGCCAUACAUCAAAUGAAGAACUGGUUGAAGCAGAACUGAAGAUUCAUGAGGAAAUCCACCGAAGGACAAAAUCCUAUGAAUGUGAAGUAUGUUUGGAAGCAUUUUACCUGAAGCCACAGUAUAGCACACAGCAGAGAUAUCACACAUGUGAGAAUCCAUAUGACUGUAAAAAAUGUAGAGAUGCUUUCUAUUCUAAGUCUGCCUUCAGUCAAUAUCAGAGGCUCGAGAGAGGAGAGAAACCACAUGCAUGUAUAGAAUGUGGGAAAUCCUUCUACUGCAAGUCUCACCUCACUGUGCAUCAGAGGAUUCACACAGGUGAGAAACCUUAUGAGUGUAAAGACUGCAGAAAAGCGUUCUACAGCAAGUCCCAGCUCAAUGUGCAUCUGAGAAUCCACACAGGUGAGAAGCCGUAUGAGUGUAAAGACUGCAGGAAAACGUUCUACCGUAAUUCUGACCUCACCGUACAUCAGAGAACUCAUACAGGCGAGAAGCCCUAUGAAUGUAAAGUAUGCAAUAAAGCUUUCUACUGCAACUCCCAGCUCACUGUUCAUCACAGGACCCACACGGGUGAGAAGCCUUAUGAGUGUCAAGUAUGCAAUAAAGCUUUCUACUGCAAGUCACAACUGGCUGUCCAUCACAGGACUCAUACAGGUGAGAAGCCUUAUCAAUGUAAAGACUGCAGGAAGGCAUUCCAGUGCAGGUCAGACCUCACUCGACAUCAGAGAACUCAUACUGGCGAGAGACCAUAUAAAUGUAACGAGUGCAGGAAAGCUUUCUACCGCAGGUCAGACCUCACCGUACAUCAGAGAACACAUACAGGUGAGAAGCCCUACGAAUGUAAAGAGUGCAGAAAAGCUUUCUACUGUAAUUCCCAGCUCACCGUACAUCAGAGACAGCACACAGGGGAGAAGCCGUAUGAGUGUAAAGACUGCGGGAAAGCCUUUCAGUGCAAAUAUGAACUCACUCGACACCAGAGAACACACACAGGUGAGAAACCUUACGGAUGUAUAGAAUGCAAGAAAGGUUUUUACACCAAGUCAGAUCUCACUCGGCAUCUGAAAACUCACACAGAUGACAAACCCUGAAGGUAUAGAGGACAGUCAUACUUAAUAAGUCGGUCCUUAACUGGCAUCAGAGAACACACAUAAAAACUUUUUACCAUAAAAUGAGACUUAAUCUCAGAAAAUUUAUACAAAUUCAAGAAACCAUUGAUGUAAGAAUGGUCCCUAGCUCAUCUCCAUGUAUAUACCAAUUAGUUUAGGGAAUGUGAAACAGGUCAAAUCUUUUGUGACAUCAUGCAGUAUAUACAGGUAAAUUUCCCUUUGGAUAUAAAGAACACUAGAGCACUUUUUUCUUAAAUCAUAAAGUACAUUCAAUGGAAAUCUCAUCCAGACUAUAUCAACAUAUAUGACAUGAAAGCUUUUGAUACCUAAGUCAGGCCUCAGUCUACAGAAAAGCUCAUAACUUUGUUGUAGUGUACAGCAAAUGAUUUGGCCAGUUGCAGCUUUUCAUCCUGAGCCAUGUGGGUGGUCUUGGCAAGACUCACUUGGACUUGAUGUCUAAUAGCAUAGCAAAACACGAAAUCAAAAGACCCAGGAAAGCUCGGCACGGUGGACUCGGCUUUAAUUCUAGCACUCAGGGAGCAGUGCCAUACGGAGCAGCGUGAGUUAGUGCUUAACUUCUCCAACAUAAUGUGUGCGCUUCAGGUAGGGAUUACAGUGAAAUCCUGUCAUAAAGAAAGUGAGAAAGUGUCAAAUGGCAAUAAAACCCACAUUGUGGUUAAACUAUAAGAAAGAAUAUCAGCAACUUUUAAAAUAAUACUUGAAAUUCAGCUUGGUCGGGCAGU